AAAUCCUUUGUUUUAUAUUCUUUUCAAUGUCUGGUAAAAAUCCUCAUGUUGUCUAUGCGAGCAAAGAAUCGUUUUAUCGGUUAAGUGGGCUCGGUAUUUCUUUAGUUCUUGUUAUAAUAGCAGUUAUAGCAUAUUCAGAUAAUAAAGCAAGUAUGAAUCGAGAUCAUGUUGAGCCAUUUGAGGAUAAAGCAUUAACUGCUUUUGCUGAGCAACUCUGGGAACUUGAUGAAAACCGUUUAAAUCCUAAUGAACAUUAUGUAUUGGACUUGCAAGGUAAAACAAAGUUUUCUUAUGAUGGACCCGAUAAUGCAGCAAAACCCCUAUUUUCUAAAGUUGACCCAAAGGCUUUCGAACGACCUACAUUUAAAGCAUUUAUUGCACUUUUGGAUAAUUAUGAGAGUGCAACUGGUGUUGCAGAAACAGUUACUCCUCAAGAAGAGAAAGAAAAUUGGUCUUUCAUAGAUUUGGUUUUUAAUACCAAAGUAAUGGAUCAUGCUUACAAAUUUUUGAAAUACAAAGGAAAAGCCAAUCAAGAUUUAAUAAAAUUUAAACAUGAUUUUUAUAAUCUUUGGUUUCAACUUUAUAAAAGAUCAAAAGGGUCAAGAGAAAAUGACUCAUCAGGCUUUGAACAUGUCUUUGUUGGUGAAACUAGAGGACAAAAAGAAGUUAUUGGUUUUCAUAACUGGAUUCAGUUUUAUCUUCAGGAAAAAGCUGGAAAUGUUGAUUACAAAGGUUUUAUGUCAAGUAGCAAGAACCCACAUAUUUUGUCCAUUCAAUUCAGUUGGAAAGGUGAUACCAAACCACUAGGUUCAACACUUAUUGGUGUAUCGCCUGAAUUCGAAAUAGCUCUUUACACUGUAUGUCAUUUGCUUGGCCACGAUUCAUAUAAAAUAACAUUAGGAAAAGAACCAGUUAUUAUUAAGUCUCACAAAAUUGGAAAUAGAAUUGGUGCAUGCUAUCCUCAGAUGCCUUCAUGGACUGAUAGAAGAAAAUAAAUGCAUAAAUGCAUAAAUUUUUUUUUUUUUAAAUUUAGGUUUUAAAAUUUAUUUUUUAACAUUUUAGUCACAUAAAAUUAUUGCACGAUUUAU